AUGAGCAAAAAGGGGGAAUUGAUUGCGAAAGCUGAGCCGUAUGUCCAUGUCCUGGCUUACAAGGAAAUCGACAAACUUUGUAGUUUUUGUUUCCUACCAUGUGAAAAGUUAAAGAAAUGUGCUGCAUGUGGUUUGGUGAAAUAUUGUGGAGUAGUUUGUCAGAAAGCUGAUUGGCCAAUCCAUAAAACAGAAUGUCCAUGUUUUAAAGAGUCUCAACCAAUCAUACCCACAGAUUCAGUUCGUCUUUUUUUGCGGAUUAUCAUUAGACAUAUGGAGUGGCAGAUGAUUGACAUGAUGUUGUCAACGGUAACAGAACUGACGAAGGAUCACAUGACACUCCCACCAGCCCAUACACUGUUCUCAUUUUUUGGAAUGAUGGUGAUCAACACGUUUAGUAUUUGUAAUGAUGACUUACAACCGAUUGGUAGUGGAAUUUAUACCAGCCCCUCAAUGCUAGAUCAUUCCUGUGACCCCAAUGCUGUGGCCAUAUUUUCUGGUAAAACGGUUUUUAUUCGGGCGUUGAAAGAUAUCCCAGACACCACACCAAAUAAGAUGUUUAUAAGUUAUAUAGACCAACUUAAACCUUCCGUAGAAAGAUUGGCAGAGCUGGAAGAACAAUAUUAUUUUUCUUGUGAAUGCUCUAGAUGCCUUGAUACAGAUUUGGCAGAGUUUACUGACAUUUUGUCACAAUGUGAAAGGAAUUUAGAAAAAUAUUCCAACUUGGCUGAAUACAACAUCUACCGAGUUCGACUGCUAGAUCUGGCGUUUGAUUCCUGCAUUAACUUGGAAUCCUGGAAGAAAGGUCUGGAAUAUGGUCUGCAAACUCUGGCACCAUAUAGGAAAUUGUACCCUACUAAUACACCGAACCUGUCUCUACAACUGUUAAAAGUUGGAAAGUUACAAUUAUUUCUGGAGAAAACCGACAAAGCCUUGAAGACACUACAAGAGGCUGGAGUUGGAAUAAAAGUGAGCCAUGGAACCGAACACAAUCUCUACCGCACUUUAUCUGAACUGUUGGCACAAUGUCACGGAGAACUCAACGGCAAAACAUAA